AAAGAAAUAAAUAUUUUCAGUGAUAUAUUUAAAACCGUUGGAAGUUUGUGAAGCGUUGAUAGCUCAUUGACACACAUAACGAUAGAGAUAAACCCAAAAAUAUUAGGACAAAAAAGACGACUCUAGCCGAAAGGACUAGAGCUGUUGGCUCGUAGCAAACCUGAACUACUCUGUUAUCUCUUCAGGAAGAUGAACACAAUGUUCACCGGUGCCGGAUCAAUUCAAGAAUCCGAUUAUGACCGGAAAUACGAACUGAGGGUGUUCGACGAAUCAAAAGCCGGCGUUAAGGGGCUUUUAGAUUCAGGGUUGACAAAAAUCCCGAAGAUAUUCGUCAAUGAGCAUCGCAAGGUUGAGGAGAAUUCUGCCCCUGCUGCAGCUGAAUCCUUUGAAAUUCCGAUCAUCGACUUAAAGGGCAUUGCGAAAGAUGAAAGCCUGCGCCGUGAGGUCAUCGGAAAAGUUCGGGAUGCAAGCGAGAACUGGGGUUUCUUCCAGGUGGUCAAUCAUGGAAUUCCGGUGAGCACUCUGGAUGGGAUGAUCGAUGGUAUUCGGAGAUUUCAUGAACAAGAUGCUGAAGUGAAGAAAGAGAUCUAUUCUCGGGAUUAUUCCAGUAGAAAAGUGCUCUACAGCAGCAAUUUUGAUCUGUAUCAGGCGCCAGUAACCAAUUGGAGGGAUACUUUGUAUUGUGUCAUGGCUCCUUCUCCCUCGGACCCUCAAGAAAUCCCGGCAGUCUGCAGGGACAUAAUAAUUGAGUAUUCAAACAAGGUAAUAGAAUUAGGACAAGUACUGCUCCAACUGCUGUCAGAAUCUCUUGGUCUUGAUCCUAAUUACUUGAGAGACAUUGGCUGUGCAAAGGGUCUUUGUGUGUCUGGCAACUACUACCCAGCAUGCCCUGAACCGGACCUCACAUUGGGCAUAAGUAGCCAUACUGAUAUUGGCUUCUUUACUGUGCUUUUACAAGAUCAACUUGGUGGCUUACAGGUCCUUUAUCAAAAUCAGUGGAUAGAUGUUACCCCUAUUCAUGGAGCUCUUGUCGUAAAUUUGGCUGACUUAAUUCAGUUGAUUACCAAUGAUAGGUUUAUAAGCGUUCAUCACAGGGUUCUUGCAAAAGCUGUAGGUCCAAGAAUUUCAAUGGCAUGUUUCUUCAGAACACACCUCCUAACGGAAAGUACCACUGUCUAUGGACCAAUUAAGGAGCUGUUAUCAGAUGAAAAUCCUCCAAUUUAUCGUGAAGCAACUGUAAAAGACUUCUUGUCACACCACUACUCUAAUGGGCUCAACGGUGUCUCCCCACUUGAACAUUUCAAACUCUAAAUUAUAUGCAUUCGGAAACAAUGUUAUGUUCUACCUUUAGUUAGGCUAGUAAUCUGAAGCGCUAUCUUGUUAUGUAAUUUAAAUAUGUGAACUUAAUGUGAAGAGAUAUUGAGAAGUUUGGAAUUUCAUAAAUAUUAAUAUGAAAU